AAACCUUUUAGGUCUAAGUGUAACCUCAAAUAUAACUUCUCCACAUGAAAUUGCUGCCCAUUUAGUAGAUUCCAUUUGGUGGGCAUAUUGACCCACUGCUGCUCUCAAUCCGCUUCUUUAAUUUAUAUCUCACUCCUUCCUUUUGACAACUAUGACUAGAGAUGAAUGUUUUGACCUUGUAAGUUUCUAAAUUCCCAACUUUUGAACAGUAGAUAAGUCAUGGACACCUGCCCACACAUUUCACUCAACACCUUAUCUUAUCUUUCUUCACAAAGGACAAAUUAAACAUAGUUCGGACACCAUAGCUUCGGACACCAUAGUUGGUAAAAUUCUGUAUCUCAGGUUGAAAAAACAGAGUACAUAGUUAUUUUGUAUGUUGCAUGAUUGUGUUUAAGGAUGUUUUUACUUGGACUGUAAUUCGUUCCAGACCAGACCAGACCAGACCAAACCAGACUUGGAUAGUUAUAAAAAUACAAAGAAACCAAACCAGACCAGAUCAGACCAGACCAGACCAGCAAAUUACAGUACAAGUAAAAACAUUCUAAGUCUAUUUUUUGUAUCAAGAAGAAAAAAUAUUAAACAAGCAGAUGGUGUUUAUAUCUAUGUGGGUUCGUUUUGUUUUUUGUAUUAAAGUUGGUGUGAAGAUACUAAAGAGCAUACUUCAAGUACGGUUAAAAAUAAUACUCCCUCCGUCCCGGAAUUAUCUUCAUACUUUCCUUUUCGGUCUGUCCCAAAUUUAUCUUCUUUUUCCCUUUUUAGCAAAGAAUUUGUGGUUCACAACCAUUCUUACACAUUUCUCUUUUCUCUGCACAAAUCUCCAUCACACAUUUCCCACUAUCUUAAUCCGUGUGUCAUUUGUACUUCAGGAGAUAAAUAUGGGACGGAGGGAGUAUGAUUGAUGGUGAUAGAUGACAAUUUAAACUUUUUGUAGGAUACAAUUUGCACAAUAUGUCUGUGCCGCUGUGCGUAGAGUCGUGGAGAUGUGCUUGAAGAAACUAUUUUUGUGCAGUUGUGCUUCAAGAUACUGCGUAGCAGAAUAAGAUCGUUGGCUUGCUGCGGCUUAUUAACCUAAUCGAUUUGCUACGAGCGCGGGACGAGAAGAGGUGCACGAAUUUUGAGCAGGCCAGAUGAUGAUUGACAAUGGAUGAUCAAUUAGAGUGGUACCAAGGAUACGACCUCCUCCAGAACCACCGCCAUGAGUUGUACGAGGUGCUAGAGUCGUGGAAGUUUUCCUAUUAGUUAUUUUUACUCUAUCAUUUGGCUUCUUGUUAUGGUCCAUCUUGUUAGGUUUGUCAGUUUGUUUGAGAAUUUGGCCUUUUUAUGUAAUUGAGUAUGUUUGGAUCUAUGGGAACAGGGAUGACUGUGUCAAACCCGCUACAUGGUUAGCAAUUCGCGUUACUCUUUUUGGGGUGACCGUCUCUAAGUCUGAUCAUAUGGUUUACAGUCAUAGUUGUUGGAUUUUAGUUGAUGUCAGUUUUGGUUUUACUUUGAUUGAUGUAAUGAUUCUGAAAGAAGGCUUGUUGAAUAAAAAAAUUGAGUAAUUUUCCG